AUGGCUGUAUCCUUAGGUCUCAACAUAGCAACCGCAUUCAAAUCCCUUUCUUUAUCUUCCCCAUCAUCUUCAUCUUUAUCUUCAUCUUCCUUUUUAUCCGGUUCUUCCUCUCUUCGUUUCACUCCAUCAGUAUCUCUCCCUCGGAUUCAUAGGUUAGUAAUCACCAUCCAGAAUGCUCACAAAAAGGGAGCCGGAAGUACCAAAAACGGCCGUGACUCCGCCGGAAGACGUCUCGGAGUCAAAGUUUACGGCGACCAAGUCGCUAAACCUGGUUCCAUCAUCGUUCGCCAACGCGGAACCAAGUUUCAUGCAGGAAAGAAUGUGGGGAUUGGUAAGGACCAUACAAUUUUCUCCCUGAUUGAUGGAGUUGUUAAAUUUGAGAAAUAUGGCCCUGACAAGAAAAAGAUCAGUGUUUACCCACAAGAAGUUACGCCUCCAAACCCCGAUAGCUAUAGAGCAAGGAAGAUAGAGUACUUCAGGAUGAGGCGUGAGCGCAAAAAAGCUGCACAAGAAAGAAGAGAAUUUCGACCGCAGCUGGUGCUUGCUUCCGCCGAUGGUGCCGCUGAUGAUGCCGCAAUAACUAAUCUAGAUUGUUGA